UGGAAAAAAGAUUUUCAUUUUACAAGUUUCGUACCUACGGGUAUGUAACGCAGUUUGUACAUAAUUAUGUCCUAAUUUAAAACUCUAAAACUCGUGUCGUAAUAAUUUAAACCAAACUUUCAUGAAGUUUGAGCAAGAACAUAUUCAUAAGAUAAAAUUUAUAAGUACUUAAACAUAAAAAUAUGCAGUUUAAUUUCUGAAGUACAUUGUAUGUGUUUAUAAAUAUGAGUUUAUAUUUUUCGUGAUUGUAUUAAAUUACAUGCAUCCAUCGGAGUGCCAUGUGCCUAUGUUCUAACAGAAAAAGAAAUUAAUUUAUUGUUGCGCUCAUUCAUUUCGACGAUGGGUUCAUUGCCAAUGGAAAGUAAAGAUUUACUGACAAAAACUAACGCAAAUGUUUCAAGAGAAGUCAAUGGACAAGUUAUCCAAGGAGAUGAAUCAUCUAGAACUUGUAAAGAACCUCCUGACGGAGGCUUCAGAGCUUACAUGAUAAUAUUAGGUUCAUUUUUAACUAAUGGACUAGUUUUCGGUAUCAUAAAUUCAUACAGUGUUAUUUAUAAAGUUCUCGAAAAGAACAUAGCUGACGAAAAAGUAUCAAACUCUGAAAGUGUCAAAGCUGCAUUGGUGGGCGCUUUGACGAUGGGAACGACAUUCCUCCUGUCACCGAUAUCGGGCGUGCUAACAAGCCUGAUGGGAAUGCGGUGUACUGCUGUACUGGGAGGCUCCAUUGCUGUUGUCGGCUUAUUAAUAUCCUCCUUUAUAGUCGAUAAUGUAGAUGGCCUUUGUUUUACUUAUGGCAUCAUGUACGGUGUAGGUGCGUCUCUCGCCUACACUCCCUCUUUAGCCAUCCUUGGGCACUAUUUCAAAAAGUAUUUAGGAUUAGUCAAUGGUAUUGUUACGAUCGGUAGUUCAAUUUUUACGGUUAUAAUGCCACCGUUGAUGGAACAUAUGAUACAAAAUUAUGGGUUACCCGGAUUGUUCAGAGUACUAGCCAUUUUGACUGCCGGCGUCCCUCUUUGCGGCUUACUAUUCAAACCUGUAUCUGUCGAAGUUACAGAGAAACCUAUUAGGAAACAGGGCUUUGAAACUAUCCUAAAAAGCAUAAUCGAUGAUAAAAUAUGGAGGAAUAGAAGCUACAAAUUUUGGGCCUUAUCUAUGCCCAUAGCUCUGUUUGGUUAUUUCGUACCUUACGUGCACAUUAAGAAAUUUAUUGACAUUAAUUUUAAAGGCGUGCAAGAAAACUUGCCACUGCAGUGUAUAGCGAUAACUUCCGGUAUAGGAAGGUUAUUUUUCGGUUUCUUGGCUGACAAGAAGGGAAUUAACAGGAUUAUGUUACAACAGAUAUCUUUUUACAUAAUUGGGACUCUCACAAUUUUAUUGCCAUUUGUUAGAUCUUUUCCUCUAUUGGUCUGUGUAUCUUUAGGUAUGGGCAUAUUCGAUGGUGCAUUUAUAGCAUUAAUUGGCCCGAUCGCCAUUCAGUUUUGCGGCAGUGCUUAUGCUGCACAGAGUAUAGGUUGUAUGUUAGGAUUGGCCGCUUUCCCGUUAUCACUGGGUCCGCCAAUAGCGGCUCUAAUCUUCAAAGAAAAUGGGUCUUAUACAUUACCAUUUAUGUUGGCUGGAGUCUCCCCUAUCGUUGGCGCAACAUUGAUGUUCUCAACGAGGUUUAAAAAAAUAAGAAGACUAAGUGUCGAGUGACAAAGUGAUGAUGAUAGCUUUAUUUUUCAGGUAAUCUGGUUGACUCGCUGUAAACUGAGAUUAAUUCUUGUGAUUAAUUCUCGUGUAAACAAUUAGCGAAGAUGAGACCCCAUGAAUCUCUACUAGCCGCAUACGAAGUACGUAGAAAUAGUGAAUGUAGAUGUAAUAUAAAAAGACGUUUUAACACAUUUUACGAAUAGAUAACAAUAAGUGCCUUAACAGUUGACAUUAAAGAUAUAAUGAGGGCUGAUUCGGCAUUGUUUGCUAUUGUACUUGGAGCUAAACUGUAUUUUAUUACCUAAGUGCGUAUUUGCGGAAGCUCCUUAUAUCGAGUGUGUGUGGCCACACAUUUACGUAAUAAUUCUGUAAACUUGUGACGUCCUUUAUCUUAGUACCUUUAUGGCGUUUUUGCCCAAGCUAUUAGUUUCUAUAAAUUCAGGGCAAUUCAUUUCUAGGUUUUUUAUAGUUGAUGGAAUCCUUUAUAUUGUAAAAUACAAUUAUUUAUUAGCAUUUUUCUUAAACAUUAUUGAGACUUUUUAUUCUUUAUAUCUUAAAGAUCUCAUUCGAAGUUUGGUUAUACAGUAAAAAAAAUAUUAUAUAUAUCAAUUGAACCUAAAUACCAAAUCGAUAGAGCAACUAUUUAUUUAUUUUCAUCAUAAGAAGUGACCAAGAAACAUUUAUCUCUAUAAGAGGUCUCUUCCAGUGACCCUAGUCAUUGGGAAAAAUGGAGAGGGAAGGAGGUACAACUAAAAUAAAAACUACUUUGCCCGGAAGUCAUAAAUCAUAAUGCAUUAAACAGGCGGGAUAUUAGACAACACUAAACACAGCAACACGCUAAACGCUGCCGGCCCUAAUUACUAACGCUGGUCGUUUCUUGCCGAAUGGCAGCAGAAACUAAAAUAUCUAUUUUAUUAUAGAACCAUAAAAACGUUCGUUUUCUUUUGUAUAAAAUGAUUAUUUAGUACAAAAUAAGAAUACUUUGUAAAAGCACAUUAAUACGCCAAAUCAGCCCUCUAUUUAAUAUAAAUCCCAUAAAUAUUAAAAUUGUAGAUAAGACGAUAUAAAAUUUAUUAUG